CGUUCGUUGAUUGAAAUACUACACAGAAGUUUACUACCGCAUUAAAUGACUCGUUACGAGGAAAAAUCAAAAACCUGGCACGGUCCCAUCCGUCCCAGCAUUCUCAAUCCGGAGGCCAACUUUGGACAGGUGAUCCUCAAUCUGUUGGCCCGAACGCCGGACAAGAUAAUUCAGAUCGAUGCCGAUACCGGGCGGGAGAUGACCUGCGCGGAAAUGAGCCGGCGAAUCGUACGCGUAGCUAUGAACUUGACCAAGCAGGUUGAUCAUCUGAAGCUGGGCGAUUUGGUUUCACUGGUUUGCUGUAAUAGUGAGAAUGUGGUUCCGGUGUUUGUCGGGUGUCUGGCGAUUGGCUUGGCAGUGAACCCGCUGGCACCUGUGUUCAAUAAGGAUGAUUUGGCGCAUAUGAUGAGGCAGAGUCAAUCGAAGGUUGUGUUUUGUGACGAAGAUAACCGAAUGGUGGUUGAAGAGGCUACUCGAGAAGCUAUCAGUGAUUGCAAUACUAGAAUAUUUGUCAUGGGUGAGGCAGCUGGGAGUGCUAGGUCUGUUAACGAUUUACUUGCACCGGUUGAUGGGGAGAACAGCUUCGAACCAAAAUACUUGGGUGACUCUAAGAAACUGAUGGCCAUGGUACUUUGUUCUUCCGGAACCACCGGUCUCCCGAAAGGAGUAUGCUUGUCACACGCUCAUCUCAUCGAGGGUGAUGUGUUUGCAAACGAUCUGGAUGCUGGACCGAUCUUCAACUUUAGUCCGCUGUUCUGGGCAACGGGAAUGUUUGCUAUGCUCACCUCACUCUACUGUUCUCGGGCACGUGUCAUCACCAGCAAAUCGUUCACAGAAGAAACCCUCAUCUCCAUUAUUGAGCGAUACAAAGUGGAGGAUAUUUUCACGCCUCCGGCAUACAUUUCGGUCCUGCAGAGUCAUCCGAAAUUCUCAACCGCAGACUUCGGCAGUAUCAAACGAUGGACCAUGGGAGGGGCACUCGUUUCGGAGGAGCUUCGCACUUGUUUGGGUAGUCGAUUUCCGAAUGGUGUUGCCAAGCCGGUUUACGGGUCGUCGGAAAUUGGUUUCAUAACUUUGGGAACAGGCCCGUUUGCCCCUGGAUCGGUUGGAACACUAGCUAAUAAUUUGGAGGCAAAGAUUGUUGAUGAAGAAGGUCGAAGAAAAGGACCGGGUGAAACGGGUGAAAUUCGAGUCAAAUACAAACAUAAGUUUUUGGGUUAUCUCAACAACGCAGAAAGUACGCGGGAUGCGUUUGACGAGGAAGGUUUCUUUAAAACCGGUGACGUUGGAUAUUUCGAUCAGUAUGGGUUCUUGUACGUAAUCGAUCGAAUCAAGGAUAUUAUAAAGUAUAAAAACUACCAGAUAUCUCCCUCCGAUUUGGAAGCCGUCAUUGAGCAGAUCGAUGGGGUGAAACAGGUGUGUGUCUGUGGGAUUCCAGUGGCGGAUCGAUCGUCGGAUUUACCGACGGCAAUGAUCGUUCGACAUGCAGGAUCUUCUCUGACGGAAGAGCAAGUAGUCGCCAUCGUCGACGGUCAGGUCAGUGAUCACAAAAAGCUACGAGGUGGCGUUUAUUUCGUGCAGCAACUGCCAACGUCUGCGGCGGGAAAAGUUUUGCGGAGAUCUGUCAAACAGCUGAUAGUAGAUCAGACGGUCAGCAAAUAAUGUUCUUUUGUUAAUGUCUGCGCAGGGAACAGUUUUACGAUGCUCCGUAAGAUAAGAAGAUCAACGAAUAGUGCUUCGUACUGAAUGGAUCCUAAACAACGCAAUGCAAACCAUGUUCAGAUAACUAAUUCAGAUUGGGUAAUGAGCCUUUUUCGCCUUGUUUUCAUAUGAUCGCACUACCCAUUUGAAGCCGGUGGUCAGAGCAGGGUCUAUCAAAUGAUAGAGCGUUAAUUGGGGCUCUCGAUUCGAGUUUUCGUAACGCUCGAACAUUUCUGCGUUUAGCCAUCGGUGCUUAUCAACAAAACAAUGAUAUUGAUGCCAAUUUACACGCAUUCCAUCGAUUGUAUACCGAGUAAUAAAUGAAACAACGAGGCACUCUCCCUAAUAUGUCGAAGUAGGCUCUUUACUCUAAUCAACAUUAACAAAAUGAAAAUUAUCUAAUUAAUUCAGGUGGACAAUAUCCAAAUUGUUGUGCUUUGUAGAAGACCAAAACACUUCUGUUUUUAUCUGGUUAUUUCGUUUAUUUUAGAUAAGAUUAGACCACUCAACAUUGUUUUUUUCCAGUGGGUAUUUGUAGUUUUGGAAUAGACUUCUCUACGACUCAUGUACGUACAGUCGUACACGUCACAUGACACAAAUACUGCAUUACUAGCUGGUGGAAAAUAAUAAACAAAGACGGCAAAAGCAAA